AUGUCAAAUCUUGGAGAUAACUUGUCUGAUGUUGCUGAUGUUGAAAUGCAUGAUACCCAAGAAAAUGGGACUGUAUCUUCCUCUGUAAAAAAAAGAACUUCUCCAAUUUACAAGUUAUUUACUUUUGGAAAAGAUGGAAGAAAAAGAUUAAUUGAAUGGAUUGUGGUAAAUGAUCAUCCAUUUACUGUAGUGGAGGAAGAUGAAUUUAAAAAAAUGAUAAAAUUAUUGCAUCCUGAUGUAAGAAUUCCUUCAGCUGAUACUGUACGUGCAGAUUUGACUGUUAUUUUUAAUCAGAUUAAAAAUAAUGUGAGACAACAAUUACAGAUUUUAGCAAUAACAUGUGAUAAUGCAUCAAAUAUGAAUUCUAUGCUAUUUAAAAUUUCAUAUUACUUAAAUGACCUCAAUAUCUCUUUUGAACCUCAGAAUCAACAUGUAAGAUGUUUGGCUCAUAUUAUUAAUCUGGCUGCUAAAGAUGCAUUGGAAGGAUUAAAUGCAUCAGGGUUAGAAGAUGAUGAAAAUAUUAUUGAUGAAAGAGAAGAAACAAAUGAAAUUGCAAGUCUUCCUUUAUUAGAACUUAUUCCUGAUGUCAAAACUAGAUGGAAUUCUACUGAAUUAAUGAUAGAAAGGGCCCUCAAGCUCAAACAAGCACUUCACAAUGUGUCCUCCUCUGACAGGGACCUUAGAAAAUAUCUGCUUAGUGAAGAAGAAUGGGACAAUAUUCAAGAAAUAUAUAAAAUAUUGGAAUUUUUCAAAAAAGCAAGUGAUCACAUAACUGCUGAAAAAAAAAUCAAAUUAUAUUAUCCAACAACUGAUGGGGAGGUAUAUAUUAUUGCAACCAUAUUAGAUCCUAGGUUAAAAUUACAAUAUUAUGCUGAUAAUAAAUGGGAGAAUCAUUAUAUAAUUGCAGCAAAAAGAACAAUAACAGAUAUUUGGACCAGAUAUUAUAAAAAUAUAGAUCCAAUUAUAGAAGAAUCUGAUGAACCUGAUGAUCUCUUGGAUCAUGUAUUCAAAAAAAAAAGAACAGAAUCAAAUGAUGAAUUAAAAAUAUAUUUAGGAGAAGAAGUUGCAAAUAGCAAGUGUGAUAUAUUAUUAUGGUGGAAG